ACUUGUUUUCCCCCCUACACCGGUCGACCCUGUGUGUCUCUAUCUAUAUAUGUAUAUAUACACACACACCCCCGCUUGUGAUCGACCCACAUGCAGCGGAUAACGACCCGGGCCUGCAUUCAGAGACCGUUUUUACUUUCUAAUAAUAUUUUCAAGAUUUCGUUUUAUUUAAACGGUUUCAGAAGUCGUACAAAGGAAAGAUGAGUACAGCCGUAGUUUUAGGGGGAGGCAUAAGUGGAUUGUCUGCUGCCUAUUAUUUACGAAACAUACCGAAAUUUUCCAAAGUGCUGCUGUUGGAAGGGAGCAAGCAGUUAGGGGGCUGGCUGAACACAACUCAACAUUCGGAUGGGGCUACAUGGGACCACGGUCCUCAGAGCAUUCGGGCAACAGGCAAAACGGCUUACAACACCCUGACACUCAUGCACGACCUUGGUUUGGAGAACGAAAUCCUUCCAGUGAAUGCUUCCCAUCCAGGGGCUGCUAAUCGAUUCAUUUACUACAACAACCAAAUAAAUGCACUUCCAAACAGUUUGUUGGGAAUUCUUAAGAAGCCUCCUUUCCUGUCUCAUUCCUUACUUUGGAGCAUUCUGAAGGAUCUGACCACCAAACGUGCAUCAGCGGAGGCAGAAGAGACAAUAUAUGACUUUAUCAACCGGCGCUUCGGCAGUGAGGUUGCUGAUGUAUUGAUAAAUUCAAUGUGUCGUGGUAUAUUUGCUGGAGACAUUCGUCACUUAAGUCUGCAGGCAUGCUUUCCUUAUCUUCACAACUUGGAGAAACAAUACAGAUCUCUGGUACUUGGCACUUUUAGAGAUAAGGAAGAAGUUGACGAUAGCUGCCCUUUAAUUAAGAAGGCUCGGGCUGAAAAUUGGCGGUUGUACUCCCUGAAGAAUGGUUUGCAGCAGCUUGUGGAAACUAUGGAAAAAGUUGUGUCCAAUGACCCAAAAUGUGAGGUGAAGAUAAAUAACCCUGCUACCAAAAUAAUUCUAGCAUCAGGUAAAGCAAAGGUACACACCAAGGAGGAGUCAUUUGAAGCUGAUCAUGUCUUCUCGGCCCUUUUUGCUGGAGAUUUAAAAGGUUUGCUCAGUGAAGACCAGAAACUCCUUCACCGAAACCUGGACCUCAUUCCAGCUGCUGAUGUUGUUCUUGUCAAUCUGGAGUUUGAGGGUAACGUCCCCACUUUGAAGGGAUUUGGACAUUUAUUACCAUCAAAAGAGAGCCGACAUUUUUUGGGCAUCAUCUAUAACUCGUGUGUGUUUCCGGCUCACGACCGAUCAGACUCACCUUCGACAAGGUUUACUGUUAUGAUGGGGGGCAGUUGGUUUGAUCGUUUGACAGAAAUUUGUCCAUCAAUGUCCGAAAGUUCUUUAACGAAUCUGGCAGUUGAAACCCUGAGGAAACAGUUGAAAAUAUCAGCCAAACUCAGCCGAUCCCAUGUCUUCAUCCAUAAGAAUUGUAUUCCCCAUUAUACAGUUGGCUACACAAGUCGCCUGAAUGAGAUGAAGACCUACAUUGCCGACCACCAACUUCCUCUCAGUCUUAUCGGAUCAUCAUUCGAAGGACCUGGUAUCAAUGAUUGUAUAUACAAUGCUAAAAUGUCAGUGCUAGCUCAUGCCACGCCCUAAAUCUGGGAAUCUAUCGACAAAGAAGACUGUGAUAUUCUCAAAGUGUGACUCAGGAAAUGGUCAAAGAGGAUUCCAUCUGAGGAAGUCAGAGAACAGCAGAAAAAGAUAAUCUUAGCAAGAUUCUAAUAAUACUUUCUGUAUAUCUCCACCUGUUUUACAGACAGGUUUACAUGUUAAUCAAUAUCAUUGACACACUCCUACCAUGACCACCACUACACUAGUACAAGCUGAGAGGGACUGUUUUUAUUGAAGCAAUUUAUUUUUUUACAUUUGGAUACCUUCUUUCAUUGAACUAUAAAAUAGAAUGUUGAACUUGUUUGUCAGCCAGGUAAACUGGACCAACAGCAUAUGAUAACAUGAGGUUAUGUGGUUUCUAAACUGAUGACCUUAUUCACUUUGGUUGCUGGGUCUCUCAUCUAUAAAUAUUCUCAAAUGAUUUUCUAACGACCAUCAAACAUAAGUCUGACAAGUUUUCUCUUUCUACACCUCUCAGUUAUAGGUGCGUUCUCUCACCGAGGUUUUGGAGAUACUUUACUCUGCAGCUUUCUGUUUAAGUUCUAAAAACUCUGCCAGGCAGAACCAGCCAACAUUCUUAAUUCUGUGAUAGACUUUAGAAACGAUUGUCAUAAGAUGUGUGUGUGUGUAUAAUGUAAGUAUAUAUGUGUGUGUGUGUGUGUGUGUGUGUGUUUAUUGCAGGAAGCAGAAUUGAUAAUGUUUUUGAAAAAUGUGUAAAAUUUUUUUCUUUCUUUUACAACUUUGUAACUGGACUGCAAAUAUUCAAUGUCAAUUAUGUUCACUUAAAUUUUGCAGUAAUAAAGGACACUUCAUUAUAUUUCC